AUGAAGGGGCUCAACGAUACGGUGCGUGUUACGAAAAAGCUGAACGAACGUCUAUUAAAGAUGGGUGAGGAUCGCGGAUUUCCCGGUAUGAUGGGCAGUAUUGAUUGUAUGCAUUGGCAAUGGAAGAAUUGUCCUACAGCUUGGAAAGGAAUGUUUACGAGCGGCCAUAAAGGGGUUUCAACUAUAUUACUUGAAGCAGUCGCCUCAUCAGAUCUAUGGAUAUGGCAUGCAUUUUUUGGAGUUGCCGGUUCUAAUAAUGAUAUAAAUGUAUUAGACCGGUCACCGGUAUUUGACGAAGUGCUACAAGGUCGUGCUCCUGAAGUAAAUUACAAUGUUAAUGGUCAUGAUUAUAAUAUGGGAUAUUACUUAACAGAUGGAAUUUAUCCGGAAUGGGCAACAUUCAUUAAAACUAUUCCACGUCCCCAGGGUGAUAAGAGAAGAUUAUUUGCAAAAUAUCAAGAAGGCCAAAGAAAAGAUGUCGAACGAGCAUUUGAUGUAUUACAGUCACGAUUCGCAAUUAUACGUGGUCCAGCACGAUUUUGGGACAAAGGAGAUCUCGCCAAAAUAAUGAGGGCAUGUAUCAUAUUACAUAACAUGAUUGUCGAGGAUGAAAGAGAUACAUAUGCCACUCCAUUUGGUCCUCUACCGACUUACGAUGAUGCAACAAAUGGUUUAUCACAACCGAUUCUAGAGGAAGAACCUUUUAUUCCUUACGAAAGGUAUAUUCAAAAUAAUGUUCGAAUUCGUGACACAGAGAAGCAUCGCCAACUACAAGCUGAUUUAAUUGAGCAUAUCUCGCAAUUUCAUAAUAAUCGUUAA